CGCUCAAGUCACCUGGUUGGCUCCUGACUCGGCGGCAGCGCUGUCAAGAGUCAUGGUGAAAGCGGACGGAUGUUAACGUGAACGUUUCCUCUUUUUUAACAGCAAAAUGCGUUGAUUGGGUAAGAGUAAGUGCGAAACAUUCAUACGCGCCAUGUUCGUGCUGUCUCUACCGCUUCAAACUGCGAGGCGGGCUUCCUGGUUCACUUUCUGACCUCCGCUCGACUCCACUUUUUGGGAGUUGACGAUGAUGGCCGACUGGCUUCGCUUCUCCGCCUUGCUGCUGACGCUCGGUCCCCUCGCGGCGGCGUCGGGCUCCAAACGGCCGCACAUUGUGUUCAUCCUGGCGGACGACUUGGGCUGGUACGACGUGGGCUACCACGGCUCCGAGAUCAAGACGCCCAACCUGGACAAGCUGUCGGCCUCGGGGGUCCGCCUGGAGAACUACUACGUCCAGCCGCUGUGCACCCCGUCCAGGAACCAGCUCAUGACCGGACGGUACCAGAUCCACACGGGCAUGCAGCACCAGAUCAUCUGGCCGUGUCAGCCGUACUGCGUGCCGCUGGACGAGACGCUGCUUCCUCAGCUGCUGUCCGAGGCGGGCUACGCCACGCACAUGGUGGGCAAGUGGCACCUGGGCAUGUACAAGAAGGACUGCCUGCCUACGCGCCGCGGCUUCCACUCCUACUUUGGCUAUCUGACGGGCAGCGAGGACUACUACACUCACGUCCAUUGUAACAACAUCACCACUCUCAACCUGAGCCGCUGCGCUCUGGACCUGCGGGAGGAGGAAGCGGCCGCCGCGGGAUACAAAGGCCACUACUCCACCGAGCUGUUCGGCCAGAGGGCCGUCCGGAUCGUCGCCGAGCACAACCCCAAAAAGCCUCUCUUCCUGUAUGUGGCGCUGCAAGCCGUCCACGCGCCCCUGCAGGUGCCCGAACGCUACGUGGAGCCCUACGCCUUCAUCCGGGACCCGCAACGGCGCAUGUACGCUGGCAUGGUGGCGGCCAUGGACGAGGCGGUGGGCAACAUCAGCUUGGCGUUGCGGCAGGCCGGACUUUGGGGCAACACUGUCCUGGUAUUCUCCACAGAUAACGGCGGCCAGACGCUGUUUGGCGGCAGCAACUGGCCGCUGCGAGGCAGGAAGUGGUCGCUGUGGGAGGGAGGAGUCCGCGGCGUGGGAUUUGUGUCCGGGCCGCUGGUCGAGCGGCCGGGCGGCGCCAGCCGGGAGCUGAUCCACGUCUCUGAUUGGCUGCCCACGCUGGUGGGACUUGCCGGCGGCAGCCUCAACGCCACCAAACCUCUGGACGGAUUCGACGUGUGGAACGCCAUCAGCAAAGGCUUUGCCUCGCCCCGACUGGAGCUGCUGCACAACAUUGACCCAAUGUACAUCGACGUCGCCCCAUGUCCCGGCUCGGAGCGUCUGCGAGCGUCAGAUCAGAGCGCCGACGGCAAAGGAGUCUUCCGGUCUGGCUUCAACGUGUCCAUCCACGCCGCCAUCAGAUCCUCGAAGUGGAAGCUGCUCACGGGAUACCCGGGUUGCGACUUUUGGUUCCCGCGGCCCGGCCACAACGUCUCCUCGUCCCCUCGUCGCUCCUCGCCGCUGAAGCCCGUGAUGCUGUUCAACGUGGACAUCGACCCCGAGGAGAGGAACGAGGUGUCGGCCGGCUACCCCGCCGUGGUCGACCGCCUCCUGGGCCGGCUGCGCCACCACCAGCAGAACGCUCUCCCCGUCCACUUCCCCGACGAGGACCCGCGCUGUGACCCGGGCCCCGCCGGAGCCUGGGGACCCUGGGCCUAGAUGACCGUCUUCUCGGAAGAGGAACGGGAUUUUGUAUGCACAUCCUGGAUAUUUUAAUGGGACCACAAUACAGUCAUUGCGAUAUUUUGCAUGUAUACAUUGACUGAUCUAAUGUUGGACAUUGCUGUGUCAGCUUAAUAAAAAACAAAGAAAUGUU